CUCAGUGCCACUCAGUGCCCGGGACCAGUCGUGUACGUCGGAUCUUGUCUGUGUGCUUGAGUGACUGACACUUAAACACGUUCGAUGGCGGCCACACUCAUGUGCUGUUUCGAAAUCUUCUGAAAGCCUACAAAGCACACUAACCAAAAGGAACACUGAGCUACCAAGAGAAGAAGAAGAAAAAAGAAAAAGGAAAACAACAAUAACAUGUAUUUGCGUGUUCUCUGUGUUCUUUCUCGAGAUACCAAGAUGAAAUUCUACCAAAUGACAUUCAUCCUGACCUGCUGCGCCCUCACCACAACCGACGCAGCUUCCUUGAAAGGUCGUUCCCCAGCAGGAGUUCCCCGAGACGGCUUUGUCAUUGGGGCGAAAUCAGAUUUUUGCCGAGAUACGGACACUAUUCUGACGUGCGAUUUUCAGUGGGAACAAGAGAAUGUUUAUUUACCGGACCACGGAAUCGCGAAAGGCCACGACCUGGUCAUCCUUCAGCGAGUUCACAACCUGGUCCUCGACCGCCGGGCCUGCCUCAACCUCAGCCUGCGAGAGGUGGCGCACGGGAGGGCGGAGGGAACCGUGGACGAAUCCUGCUCGAAGGUUGAGCUGUCCCUUCGAAGCGUAAACCUUGACGCGGUUGAAGCUCCGGUGACUUCGCUGUACGCUUACAAGUCGCAUCUGGAGAGAGUCGCGAUGAGGGACGUCGACCCGAAAUUGACCGUCAUCAGUUCCUCUGUCGGCGAGUUUGACGUGGCGGGCGUCGUUGACAACGGCGUGAUAGUGCAGCUGCACAGCACGACGGUGAAGCACCUGAAGAACCUCCACGUUGCGGGCGACUCGAAGGUCCACCUUCAUAACGUCACGUUCGAGGGCGUCCUCAAGCUCGUGUUGGCCUCCAAGGGGAACCUUCUGACUGCGAUGAAGUUUCCACCGUUGAAGAACGAAGGCGACCAGCCAGCGGUCCUCCUCCUCGAACACGGUGCUGAGGUCACCCUCGAGGACAUACAGGGCGUCCUCAAGAUCGCCGUGCCUGCCUGCCCAGCCAUGCAAGGGACACUCACGGAGGACGCUCUUUCUACGACGGCAUCGGAGCCUAAAGAUCAGGAGCAAAACGUGCUCCUUCUGCUCCUUGUCGUUUCGCUUGCUUUAAACUUCGUAUUAUUACUCAUUUGCAUUUGUCGAUGUUCAACCUCGAAGGUGGAGAGUGAAACAAAGGAAACUAAGAAAAACAAAAAACCGCUUCUCUCCUCUCCGGACGAAUUGCCAUCUCCUAAGGUUAAGAAAAAAAGGAAAAACUAUAUAUUAUCAAAUCUCCAGUCUUACAUAUGCCUAACAAGAACGCACUUACAUCCAAGAAAAUAUCGACAGAAAACUAAUAAUAGUAAACGUUCUGCAACAAAAUUAAAUGGAAACAGCAUCAGUCACAGUGCAGUUUUUAUUAAAACAAUCAACGAAAGAGAGCAAAGACUAAACCACAGAAAGGCACGUCAGAGAACUUUAACCUAUCAUGGCCCUUACAUCGAAAGGGAACUCAUGUUUUGCGCAACGUCGUCUGAAGAUGGGGAGUCGUAUGCGACGAACUCAUCAACAGAUACAAGCCUAAGCAAUGAGAUAAGUCAUGUUUAAAUAAUUUUGUUUGUAUUGUCUACAAUCUAGUCUAUGGUACCGCGUAAUAUUAAAAAACAAAAAGUCAUUACAAGCUCCCAGGAAGAAAUAUUUUAAAAAAUCGUUACAAGCUCCCAAGAAAUAUUUAAAAAAUCGUUACAAGCUCCCAGGAAGAAAUAUAAUCGUAAACAUAAACACACACACACACACAAACACACACACACACACACACAUACACAUAGGCCGCGGUGGCCAAGUGGUUAGAGCGUCGGACUCAAAGACUCGUGACAAUCUGAGUUCGAGAGUCUGAGUCACUAUCCGAUUAUUCCCUUGGACAAGAACCACAUCAUGAUCAAUGGUCAAGGAUCAACCGUCUAGUAUAGACACUGCUACUGUAGAAAGCGACGUGAAUAUACUUCAAUACCUCUCCCUAGCUAAUCACUGAUCAAGGCCUCCAAAGGAACACUCGAAACAAGGUCUCGCUGUAACGCUGUCUUUGAUGAUGGUGAUAUAAUGCACACAUAUCUAUGUCUACGUUUGUGUAUUUGUAUACCAAACAGUAUCACAGAACCAUAUAUUUAUAAAAGUACUGAUGUCACACGCAUCAUCACUGCGUAAAAAGCACUUACUAAUAGGAUGUCGAUUGUAUAUUACACUGAUUUGACAUGUUAUUCCAUAUUAUAAACUGGAAUAGGAUUUGCCUGAACUGUAUACUAGGAUUUAUUUAUCAAUAUAUAUAUAUAUAUAUAUAUAUAUGUGUGUGUGUGUGUGUGUGUGUGUGUGUGUGUGUGUGUGUGUGUGUGUGUGUGUGUGUGUGUGCAUUUUUGUCCUGUUUGUAUCGUAUGUAUAUAUAAAGAUUUGCAACAAUGUUUCCAGUAUGGUAUUAUCUCUUUUGUAUAGAAUCUAUUAAUUUUUUAUAAUGUAAUAAAACUUAUGCAGUUUUUA